CAAAGUUGAUGCAGGCAGCUUGGGACAAGCGUUGUGGCGGAUGCAGGGUGGGACUAGUGCCCCGCUACUGCCACUCUAGUGGACGCACGGGCGCACCGCGACACCAGCCUUUGGCAACAUCCAGCGUGCAUCAACCACAGUGUAACGACAUGACCGCAUAUGUGCAGCAUCUGACUUCGAUGAUAAGCACUACGGGGAGCUUGCCGAGGUUACACAGGCCGCGCAUUGACUUCGACGCGUUUACUAGCAGCCCGUCACCUGACCAUCUCCGCUCGUCAUCGCUCCUAUCGAACUCAUUUCAACGCAGUAUCCAUUGCCUUGCCCUACCGUGGACACCAUGACCCGCAGACAGCCCAUAACGUCAAUUGCUGCAACGAAGCCAGCCCAGCUUCCAGAACCAAAAGAGAUCACGACGAUCCAGACCACUAUUCGAACAUUCACAGCAGACCUUGCCGACAUUCAGUCGUUUCUGAGCAUCUCAUUCAGCCAAACUCGUGCCAAAAAAGUCGAGAAAUACCUCACAUCAACUCUUGCUUCUCUUUCCACAACUUUUGAAUUUGAUCUUCUUUCUGAUAAUGAACAAGUGGAUUAUCUCCUUCUGCAGUCCCACAUCAAAAGACUGCUCCAUCAGCACAAGGCCGCGACCAAGAAGGUCCACACAGCCGAAGAGCUUGGUAUUUUUGGGAAAUGGGUCGAAAUUUGUAUCAACUUGGUCGAAACGAGACACAAUGUUAGCAGACAGAGCGGUCGACAAAUUGCCAAUGCGUUACAAAGCGCUGAGCAGGGCGUCGCUCAAUUACUAUACUUACUCGACUCCAAAGAUGAUUUUGGGGACAGUAAGAAGCGGUUCAUCAUGUUCUGGACGAUUGGCAAGUUCGAAGAGUUGCAAAGGGCACUGGAGGAGGCAGUUGGGUUUUACCAAGGCUAUGAUCCUGUCAUCUCGUGGUGGAUAGAGAAACCUUGGGAGACUUUGAGUACAAAACUGACUGCUUUGACUUCGGCUUUGGGCAAGAAGACUGGAAUUGAUGGAUCUGGGAGUGCAGAUGACAUCGUCGGUGACCCAAUUGGUCGUGAGGGACUACUACAAGAGCUCGAGGCGGAGUGGAUUGCUUAUACUCCUGAAGAGCUUGUGCAGAUAGCUGAACAAGAGUUUAUGUGGUGUGAGGACGAGAUGGAGAACGCGAGCACGGCUUUAGGAUUCGAUCGACGUCAAGAGGCUCUGGAGUAUGUCAAAAACACGUUUGUAGAGCCCGGCCAACAAAUUUUUGUUGUCCGCGAUCUCGCCGAUGAGGCAGUUGCAUACGUUGAAAGGCACGAUCUGAUAACUGUUUCGACUGUAGCCAAAGACUACUGGAAGACGACCAUGAUGACGCCCGCGAGGCAAAGAGUCAACCCUUUCUUCCUCGGUGGCGAGGAGAUCAUUGUCUCGUACCCAACUAAUAGUAUGAGCCAUGAAGAUAAAUUGAUGAGCAUGCGCGGCAACAAUCCGGCAUUCUCUCGCUCCACAGUCCACCAUGAGCUCAUUCCGGGCCACCAUCUUCAGUUCUACUACAUGGAUCGCUAUAAUCCGCACCGCAGUGUCUUCCAAACACCCUUCUGGAUCGAAGGCUGGUCUGUGUACUGGGAACUGCUGUUGUGGCAACGCGGCUUCCCAUCAGAGAUCGGUCAAGAAUGGGCAACAAACGAAGCCGCAAAUCGCAUAGGAAUGCUCUUCUGGCGGAUGCAUCGUUGCGCUCGCAUAAUAUUCUCAAUCAAGUUUCAUCUCGGACAGAUGACGCCGCAAGAGUGCAUUGAUUUGCUAGUGACAAGGGUGGGACACGAGCGUGCCACGGCUGAAGGCGAAGUUCGAAGAUCCCUUGCUGGCGAGUAUCCGCCUUUGUACCAAGCGGGUUAUCUGCUAGGGGCGUUUCAAUUCCAGAGACUACGGAGGGAGCUUGUUGAUAAUGCUGAAGGCCCGAGGUGGAAAGAGAAGAGCUUUCACGAUGCUGUCAUGCGAGAGAACAACGUCCCGAUUGAGAUUCUGAGGGCGAUAUUCAGGGGACAGAAGCUCAGUCUUGACAUGAAGGCACAAUGGAGAUUUAAAGACUAGACACGAACCUCACCAAUCGGUAAACCAGAAGUACCAGCUGUUGCUGUUUCAUCGACAGUCGCGUACAAUUACUCGCUCUAACGUCUUCGUAUAUACGUGCAGGUCUCCUCCCAAGACUGUUCAGUCCCGCUAUCCUUCUCACUAUCCCACUAUUCACUGCGCUCUCUUAUCCAAGGCAGCUGCUAGAGUCAUUGUUUCCUCUUCCCCUGCGGGCCGAUCUAUUGCUCAGCCUGUCGACACCUAACCAUGCGUGAGGUCGGUUAGCUCAUGGGCUAUAUUGGCGCCCAUACGGUCGGGGCUGCCAUCAUUCAUCAAUUUCCAAAGAGCAUCUAUGGGGUCUACGUUGAGAAGAGCUCUAUUUCAUGGGGACAGGUAGUUGGUGAAAAUGGAGUGAGGCUAGGCCUGUUGAGCUGCUCGCAG